CUUGUACGGUUAACAACCACUAAGAAAACAAAAUUUAAAACCAAAAUCCAAUUUUUAACAAUAAUAACGAUAUAAAAAUGAAAUUCUGCGUUGCUGUAUUAAUUGUUGCCUUAAUCGGUUGUGCUUUGGCCGCUCCACCACAGGAUGCGCAAGAAGUACAAGUUUUGCGUUACGAUUCGGACGUACAACCCGAGGGAUACAAGUUUGCUGUUGAAACCAGUGAUGGCAAAACCCAUCAAGAGGAAGGUCAAUUGAAAGACGUUGGUACUGAAAACGAAACUCUUGUAGUGCGUGGUUCCUAUUCAUACAUUGGUGAUGAUGGUCAAACUUACACCGUCAACUAUGUUGCUGAUGAGAAUGGUUUCCAACCUGAAGGUGACCAUUUGCCACGUCUUUAAACGUGUAACCAGUGUGCCUUAAUCAUUGUGUUAACUAGGUUUAAGUAAUUGGUCGUUUAAAUGUAUAUUCUUUAUUCGUUAAACGAAUUUAAAUAAAGUCAAUAUUUUUUUUUAAAUAUUUUUGUAAAAAAAACAA